AUGUUUCAAUUAGCAGCUGGACAAGAUUUUAUCUUAGCAGGUGACUUCAAUAUCAAACCUCGGGAUCUCUGUUAUCAACUUUUAACAGAAAAAGGUGAUGCUCAGUACAAUUUACCGAAAUCUAAUACUUAUGAAAUCUCAUAUCGACCAAAUCAUGAACAAGUAUUGAAGAGUGCUUAUCGAGAGAAGAAUGGAACCGAACCGGUUUACACAGAUUUUUCUCAUACACCCCAUUCGCCAAACUUUUGUGAGACACUGGAUUACAUCUUUUUUAAUGGUAGCCUUACUGUAGAAAAAGUGUUGGAAUUACCAGAUCAUCCAACUGGUGAAUCUUAUCCUGAUGAAACACAUCCUUCUGACCAUAUAAUGAUUGCCGCGACAUUCCAAUUGUGA